UUGUCAAAUCAUUAUAUCGAACGUACAAUUGAUUAAAAUUGUAAGAAAUGAUGUAAACAAAAAGUAUUUUUUGUAAUAUUUUCCCGUUUCCUAAUAUUACGUGGCUUUUACUUUCAAAGAAGUGAUAACAUCUACGAUGGGUUUGUUCUGUUGCUGCGGCAUACUAUCCGUGCUAUUCGUAUGGACUUCGUUGGGUAUUGUCGCUCUACUGUGCUCUCUAGUGUAUCUGAAGAGAAUCGUAAGUCAGAAGAAGAGCAAACGUUUGGCUACCGACAAGAGCAUUCGAGUGGGAAUAUUUCAUCCGUAUUGCAAUGCCGGUGGAGGCGGUGAACGGGUGUUGUGGUGCGCCGUUCGAGCAUUACAGAAGAAGGACAAAAACAUGAAGAUCACAAUUUACACUGGUGAUGUUGACGCUCAACCGAAGGCAAUAUUGACGAAAGCGAAAAACACUUUCAAUGUUUCAGUGGACGAAGCCAAAGUGGAUUUUGUCUUUCUCACCAGACGAAAUUGGAUCGAGGCCGAAAAGUAUCCCUAUUUCACGUUGUUGGGUCAAAGUUUGGGAUCGGUGUGGCUCGGAAUAGAAGCUCUACUGAAACAUCAACCAGAUGUUUUUAUCGACACAAUGGGCUACGCAUUUACAUUACCGCUAUUCAAAUAUUUCGGUGGAUGCAAAGUGGGAUGUUACGUUCAUUAUCCUACCAUCAGUACCGAUAUGCUGAAGCGUGUGAAGAGCAGAACGUUUGCUCACAAUAAUCGUAACAUUGUAGCCAAGAAUCCGUUCCUAACGUGGCUAAAAUUGACGUACUACCGACUGUUUGCUUGGGCGUACAGCCUAGUCGGUCGAAGUGCUCAGACAAUUAUGGUAAAUUCGUCAUGGACAGAAAAUCACAUCCUUUCGCUCUGGGACUGUCCAUUCAAAACCCAUCGAGUGUAUCCGCCAUGCGAAGUGUCUCAUUUAAAAAAGCUGCAACACGUCUCCGCCGAUGAUUCAAUUGUAAUCAUGUCGAUCAGUCAAUUUAGACCGGAAAAAGAUCAUCCACUGCAAUUGCAAGUAAGACGGCAGGAGAAUUAUCGCGUUGUUCAUCAUUUAUCUAACAAAAAAACUUUUCUUUCUUCAUUUCUUCAGGCCAUGUACGAGUUAAGAACAUUGCUGCUGGAUGACGAACCAAUGUGGAACCGGUUGAAAUUGUUGAUUGUUGGUUCAUGUCGCAAUGCCGAAGACUAUGAACGACUGAAAAAUAUGCAAGAUCUCAGCAAACAUUUGUCGCUGGAAAAUUCGGUGGAGUUCCGAGUGAAUAUUUCGUAUCAAGAAUUGAUACAAUGCUACCAAACGGCCUCGAUUGGCAUACAUACGAUGUGGAACGAACACUUCGGCAUUGGCAUUGUUGAGUGUAUGGCCGCUGGACUAAUUAUGGUGGCAAACAGAUCCGGUGGACCGUUGAUGGAUAUUAUUGAAACAUCUGUGGGCAGCCAAACUGGUUACUUGGCCGUGGACACAAUGGAAUAUGCCGAAUGCUUAGCUACAAUUCUAUACAAUACGAAGGAGGAAAAUGAUGCAAUACGUGAUGCGGCCAGGGCGUCGUGUGAUCGAUUUUCGGAAAUGGAAUUUGAAAAAGGUUUUCGCCAUGCUACCAGUGUGCUGUUCGACGAAUUGUGAAGGAGUGCCGCGCAUUCGAGUAAAUCGUGGACGCGUCAAAUGUGCAAUAUUUAUAAUUUGGUUCUUCGUUCUUCUAUUCCAGUUUUGCAUAGUUAGUAAGUCUUGGCUAUAAUGUUACGAAAAUCGUAGAAAAUUUGCCCUUUAAAAUGUAGUUCUGUGUGUUCCGUAAGUUAAAUUUUUUUCGACUAAUCCGCUAUUCCAUCGAAAAACGAUUUUUUUUAUAGAAAUAAAAGGUUUUUUUCAAUUGA